GCCCGCGCACCGCGCGGCCCCGGCGGAAAGUUUUCCCUGACGGAGUUUUGGCGGCGGCGGCCGGGGCGGCCAUGGACGCGCUCAAGUCCGCGGGGCGGGCACUGAUCCGGAGCCCCAGCCUAGCCAAGCAGAGCUGGGGGGGCGGCGGCCGGCAUCGGAAGCUGCCGGAGAACUGGACGGACACUCGGGAGACACUGCUCGAGGGGAUGCUCUUCAGCCUCAAGUACCUGGGCAUGACGCUGGUGGAGCAGCCCAAGGGCGAGGAGUUGUCAGCUGCUGCUGUCAAGAGGAUCGUGGCCACGGCCAAGGCCAGCGGGAAGAAGCUACAGAAAGUGACUCUUAAGGUGUCACCACGGGGGAUUAUCCUGACUGACAACAUCACCAACCAGCUGAUUGAGAAUGUGUCCAUUUACAGGAUCUCCUACUGCACAGCAGACAAGAUGCACGACAAAGUGUUUGCCUACAUCGCGCAGAGCCAGCACAACGAGAAUCUCGAGUGCCAUGCCUUCCUCUGCACCAAACGGAAAAUGGCCCAGGCUGUCACCCUCACAGUAGCCCAGGCCUUCAAAGUUGCCUUCGAGUUCUGGCAGGCGUCCAAGGAAGAGAAGGAGAAGAGGGAGAAAGCCAGCCAAGAAGGAGGGGACGUCCUGGGCGGGGGCCUCCGUGACAGCACCCCAUCACUGAAGAGCCUGGUUGCCACUGGGAACCUGCUGGACUUGGAAGAGACGGCCAAGGCCCCGCUGUCCACGGUCAGCGCUAAUACCCCUAAUGUGGAUGAGGCACCGAGGCCCCAAGCCUUGAACAAUAGCAACGUUGUCUGGGAGCUGGAUGAUGGCCUGGAUGAAGCAUUUUCAAGGCUUGCCCAGUCUCGGACGAACCCUCAGGUCCUGGAUACUGGAUUGACAGCGCAGGAUAUCCACUACGCCCAGUGCCUGUCCCCUGUCGACUGGGACAAGCCUGACAACACCGGCGCCGAGCAGGAUGACCUCUUCAGCUUCUGAGGGCCCGGGACUGGCAGGACACGUAACAGACCAAAGCCGCUUGUGGCGGGGUGGGGCCGGCUCCAGGACCCCCAGCCACCCUCUUCCCGGUGGCAGCACUGUGGGCCUGCAAAUCAGAGCUGCGUCCAGUCAAGCAGGGGGAAAGGAGAAACUUUUUUUUUCGGCCACACUCUUUCCCUGAGAACUGAAGGAUGCCUUGAAUAUUUA